AUGACAGAAAGUAAGGCCUGUUCCUUCCAUCCUGCAUUUUACGUUCUCCCCUUCUCCUUAGGCCGCCACACCAGGUCUGGAGGGACCAUGACGUUUAAUCUAUUCAACUAUCCGACGACUAUCAUCUCAAGCAGUGUUGAGGUGAUGAAGAUCAUGUAUUGCGUCUGUCGUUGGGUGGUCUCGCCAACGAGUCGGCGCCAUACUAGGUCUAUACAGCCUUUCCAACACCAUUAUCCAAUUAACAUUCCUCAAAAAGAUACUGAAAAGAAUAGGCGCGAGAAAGAUGUAUCAGAUCGCCUAUCCUAG